AUGGAGAAGUCAAGUAGUGAGGAUUCCUCAAUUCACCGGAGUCCAUCUUUGGAUAGCAAGGACUCAGACUUUGCUAAAUCUUCUACCUCAGGCAGGCAGUUCGGCCGAGGCUUCACUGCUGGAGCUUUUUAUGGUACCGCUGGAUCACACACAGAGAACCCUAACACAGCUGCACCUGGGACUGGUUUAAAAAGAGACAAGUACAAUGCACCCAAAGGCAGCAAAUAUGUGGUCUUUUACCUGGAUCUAUCGUUUGUUUUCCUUUUAGAAUUUAAGAAGUGCAGCAUGGCGAGAGGCUGCUUGUGUUGUUUGAAAUACAUGAUGUUCCUUUUCAAUUUAAUAUUUUGGUUAUGUGGCUGCGGGCUCUUGGGUGUGGGAAUAUGGCUAUCAGUGUCACAAGGAAACUUUGCCACAUUUUCUCCCAGCUUCCCGUCGUUGUCAGCUGCCAACCUGGUCAUUGCCAUUGGUACCAUCAUCAUGGUGACUGGCUUCCUGGGCUGCUUGGGUGCUAUCAAGGAAAAUAAGUGCCUCCUUCUAAGCUUUUUCAUUGUUUUGCUGAUCAUUCUCCUGGCUGAACUGAUAUUACUCAUUUUAUUCUUUGUUUAUAUGGACAAGGUUAAUGAAAAUGCAAAGCAGGAUUUGAAAGAAGGUCUCAAGCUUUACAACACAGACAAUAAUGUUGGACUGAAGAAUGCCUGGAAUAUCAUUCAAGCAGAGAUGCACUGCUGUGGGGUUACAGAUUACAAAGACUGGUACCCGGUACUGGGUGACAAAACUGUCCCUGACAGAUGUUGCAUGGAAAAUUCCCAAGACUGUGGUCAGAAUUCUACCAAUACGAGUUUAGUGUGGAAAACGGGGUGCUAUGAAAAAGUCAAGAUGUGGUUUGAUGAUAAUAAACAUAUUCUUGGGACAGCUGGAAUGUGUGUCCUGAUAAUGCAGAUACUUGGCAUGGCUUUUUCCAUGACUCUCUUCCAGCAGAUUCGCAGGACUGGUAAAAAAUAUGAUGCAUAAAACACUGCAUAAAACAACUACAUCAGCACUUCUCUCUUGCCAUUAACGAGGGGAAACCCUGAAAAAUCAGAAUCAAGCUUUGUCCUACUUAGGGCCUCCAACCCAUCAAUCAAUCUACAGCAUCUGUUUCAUGACUGAUUAAAAACUGAGUACAACGUAUUACUGGACUUACUUUUUGUUUCUUCUCACUCACCACUUUUGCCAAAGAAGAGAGGAAACCUAUCAGUUUUCUACAGUAAUUCAUAGAUCCAUUUUUAAAUUGCUGAUUAACAUUAUUUAAGGAAUAGUCUUUACUGUAUUAAUCCAUGUUAAACCUGUGAAAGUAACUUGACCGAUGGAUGUUUUAACUUCUAGAAAGAAUCCUGGUGAACUACUCAUAGGUCAAUAAAUUGCUUAUGCCCAACAUGAUAUUAGGAGACUUGGAAAAAGCCACUGAAGAGCCCCUAUGAACUGGAACUGCUUUGAUUGUCUGUCUGUUUGUUUUUGUGGGUGGGUUAUCUUCUUGUAAUCUUACUCUGUAGCCUUGUUUAUAACUUUUUACUAUUUUCUCCAUGCUUUUCUCAUGCGUUCUACUGUGCAGUCUUUGAAGGGUACCAUUUUAGAUUUUGCAAUUUAAACCCAGAAAGAAAAAUGUGGCUGUUUUAUUAUAAUGAGGCUAAACAAAUCACAGCUGCUGGGGUAGAGAAAACAUGACCUCUUAGAUAGAUACAUCUAAGACCUUUUGGAUAUCCAUCAUAAAAUAUAAUGUAAAAAUGAAGUAAACGUGUAUUUCAAAAUGUGUAUUCAUCAGAGAACCAGAAUUAGCUGCUUCUCCCUGAUGAGUUAACACAUUGUUGGAAACCUGGCUCUUCUGCAGGCCAAUGCCAGGUGUAAGCCAGGCGCCACAUCUCUGCGAAGACACCAAGAGCCCCCAAACAUCCCCUGUGCCAUUCCUUAUUUCUGGAUAUUCUUACAACUUUGUAAGAGCAGAAUGCUUUUAAUAAUUCCAUGGUGUGCAUUUACAAAAAUGGUACUAAUACUUUGUUUUCCCGGUAAAACCUAGGACUGAAAGUAAAGAUAGCCUAUCAUUCUCCUCAACAAGAACCAACAAUUUUUUUUGUUCCUUUUAAAAGCAAUUUCUAAAAUUUGUGUCAGGCUACCCUUAAGAGAGAACUGCUACCAUGCCUAAAUAAAUAAAAUAAUGAACAAUUCCUGUGAGUUCAGGUUACCCAUCCAA